AUGCCUUCCGACCCCCUCACCUACGCCUGCACUUGUCACCAAUCUGGCCUCGUCCUUCUCUUUUAUCGCUACUUCACCUCUUCCCCUCCACUUCUUUUACCACACUAUCCACUCACAACCUCUUCCCUCCAAGACUUGUACGAUUUCCAAAAGUCAACAUGUGAGGCUCUAGGUCUUACGGGUAAGAUCCGUGUUGCAAAAGAGGGUUUCAAUAUCACUGUUGCAGGGUCGGUGUCGGCUGUAAAUUCGUAUAUCGAGUCCUGUAUAUCUCACUGGUCAUCGGCUGGCUUAGAUCUGUCCUUGGCGGACGAGAAAGGAAUCAAGGAUUUCUUCAAACCAACAAAAGGCUGUGCGUGCGUUUUUACGCACCUGAAUACUCGUAUUACGCACGAAAUUACGCCAUUGGGAAUUACGAAUUAUGAGCCCAGAAAUUGGAGCGCGGUGACUUAUUUAAAUCCUGCAGAAUUUCACAAUAUGGUUACGACGACAAGUGAAAAAGAAGGAGAGAGGAUUUUACUUGAUAUACGAAACCAUUAUGAAUCACGAAUUGGAUACUUUGCGGCACCGGAAGGAACUGGCAUUGAGACUGUGAAGCCACAGGUUAGAAAAUUUUCACAAUUUCCUGCAUUUGUGAAGAGACAUAUGGAUUCCAUUUCUCGUUCCCCAACCGAGCAUAAGAAGGAGCAAGGGAGUGCUGGUAAGACAAUUUUCUCUUACUGUACAGGUGGCAUUCGCUGUGAAAAGGCUACAAGGUGGAUAGCGGAGAAUGUGGAGCAAGCUCCAGAAGAUAGAAUCUACACGCUGAAGGGAGGAAUAUCGGCAUACAUGGCCUGGUUUGAGGAGGAAAUGCUAUCUGGGAGAAGGAGAGAAAUUGAGUGCUUAUGGAAGGGGAGGGAGUACGUUUUUGAUGGGAGAGGUUCACUGGGUUUGGGUAAUGAGAGGGAGAGAAAGAAGGUAGCAGGGUGCCAUGGAUGUGGAAAGGAGGAAGAUAGGAUGGGAAAAUGUGACGUUGAAGGUUGCGAGCUGGUGUUAGUUGUUUGCGAAGGCUGCGAAGGUGUCAAGUGCUGUGAAAGUUGCGGAGAUGUGGAUGAAAAGGGAAGACGAUUGAUUUGUGAUUGUGAACGGGAGAGGGAAUUUGGUCUUUGGGGGAGUGAGGGUAUGAAGGGUGUUGGGGGUAUUUCAAUGAAGCGAAAGGAAAUGAAGGAAAUGGGUAAAAGAGAAGCUAGGCUCGACAUAGACAUCAGAGUUGCAAUAGUAGAAUAG